CUUUUAUCUUAUAGCCUCGCUGGCUCAAGUCUCUAAAAUUUCGCAAGAUAUUGUCAACAGUUCAAUCCCUCUAAUAAAAAUAACCCUUCUAGAUAUGAGGCUCGUCACGCUUGGCGUCUUUUUCCUCACGAGUCUUGGCAUAUCAGCCACAAAGACCUGUUAUGCCCCUGAUGGAACCCCAGUCGAGGACGACAUAUAUGUUCCAUGUAUUGCGAUUAAAGGAGUACAGUCGAUGUGCUGCCGGCUCAAUGACACAGACCCCGAUGAAUGUCUUACCUCUGGCCUUUGUUACACAAGUAAAGUCGGGUACAAAGGAUAUUGGAGAGACUUCUGUACUGAUGAGACAUGGGAGAGUCCGAAUUGCCUAUCGAAGUCAAUCUGCAACACUACAUCAGGGGGGAACUCAAGUUGGACAUCCUUCUUGACAUACUGCCAUGGUGACCAAUACUGUUGCGGUGAUGAUGGCUCAUGUUGCAGCACCGACGAUGUCUUUACCAUCAAUGAAACUCUCGUCACGAUCGGAGAUGUAGCUACAGCCACAGUUACGGCGACGAACUCAGCAAAUGUGAACGGUACAAAUUCUGGCUCAUCGGAUGAGUCUACAAAGCUCGCAAUUGGCCUUGGAGUUGCCAUUCCUCUAACCGCUAUAGCGGGUGCCAUGCUAGGGGCUGGAUUUCUCUGGGGAAGGAAGCAAACGCAGCGCAAAUGGUUGCAGACCACAUAUCACGACGGUACUGCUGGCCAGUUGUUGCAACCAAUACUACAGCAAGGUAAUGUUCCAAACCAUCAUCAAACUUAUCCUCACGAGGUAUCGGGAUCUCCGUUAUCACCGACCGAGCUACCAGGGGGGAAAUGAUGGGUAUAUUAUCCUAUUUGCGGAUCAUCGGCUGGAAUAAUGGUGGAAGGGACGGUUAAUGGCCACGUCGGGUUAGGUUAAUUGCAAUUUUUAU